AUGUCUAUAAAAACAACAUUGUCCUUCGUUUUAAUUUGCGUUGCAUUGGCAACGCUUUUGACUGGUACUACCGCCUUUCAAGCUCCAUCAGCUUCAUUUAAGCGCUUAGAACCAAGAGGCUUUAUGGUAUGGAUACCACAUAAGCCUGGUAUUUCUUUAUUUGCAUUCCAUGGAAAUUUAAAUCGGCAAAUGAACGGCUUAGAAGCAGGUACUUGGUCCGUCGAUAUAACUAAUAAUGAAAAUGGAUUUUGGGUGUAUAGGAAUCAUGAUGCCGUAGUAAAUCCAGGUGAUAGAAUAUAUUUUUGGACUUACGUCUUAAAGGAUGGUCUCGGUUAUCGUCAGGAUAAUGGUGUGUUUUAUUUUUAUUUAACUGAUUUGUAUAACUAUAUAAAAGGAUUGUCUCUAGUAUUUCUUUGCCUUGGAUUAGCAACGCUUUGUUCUUGUAAUAACGGUGAAGAUUUUCAAGCUCCAUCAGCUUCAUUUAUGCGUUUCGAACCUAGAGGCUUUAUAGUAUGGAUACCUAAUAAACCUGGUAUUUCUUUGUUUGCUUUUCAUGGAAAUUUAAAUCAGCGAAUGAACGGCUUAGAAGCAGGUAAUUGGUCCGUCGAUGUACUAAGUGAUGAAAUUGGGUUUUGGGCGUAUUGGAAUGAUGAUGCAGUAGUAAAUCUAGGAGAGUCUCCUAUAACUCCAGACUCUCUUAUGUUUAAUGAUAAAAACUAUCAGAUAUCUCAAUUUAAUUGUAAUGGAUGCCAAAAUAUUAGAGAAUUAAUUAGAGAAUUAACAAUUAGCAAUGAUGAGAACGUUAAUCGCUACACAAAAUAUCGUCGCAAUAUUUUGGUAUCCGUCCAGAACCGUUUUGCUUCAAGUCCUGAUUAUGAAUUUGUGAUGUACGUUAAUGAUGUACCAGAAAUAUUUCAAUUUGAGAAUAGUGUAAUGCAUAUCAAGCCUAUAGCGACCGCAAAUUAUUAUAAAGAAGAAAAUCCAUUAAAAUUUGAUUUAAAUUUUGGUGCACGUUGUACUGGAUUACAAAACACUGACGAAUGUAAGAAGAAUGCUAAGCACUCACCUUUAACGUUUAUACCACCAUUUAUGUCCGCACAAUUAUCAACAAGAAACACACUAUCCUUUAAAUAUGGACGUGUGGAAAUACGCGCCAAGCUACCACAAACGGAAUGGGUUGUUCCGGAGUUGUGGUUACAGCCUGUCACAUAUGCAUAUGGUGUCACGAAUUAUCAAUCAGGACAGGUACGCAUUGUAUUUAGUCGUACAAAUGGUACUUCAACUGAUUUAUAUGGUGGCGUUAUCUUAAAUUCUGAAGAGCAGUGGCGGUAUAAGAAGUUGUGUCAUUUAGCUAAAGCAACUGAUAAGAACUGGUACGAUAAUUAUCAUGUCUUCACAUUAAUUUGGACUGAGAUGUAUUUGGCAUUCGCGGUGGAUAAUGCAGAAUAUUGUCGCAUUCAUACCUUACGUGAUAUAAAUACCUUGCCGAAUCAUGCACAGUUAAGUACUGGCACAAAAUUGGCACCUUUUGAUCAGGAAUUUAUAUUGACUCUGGGUUAUGGUGUUGGUGGUCACGGAGAUUUUUCAGAUAACGAAAAAUGGAUAACGCCAAAACCAUGGGAAAAUACCGAUCCACGCGCCAUACCAAAUUUUGUGGAUUACUUAAAUCACAAACAUGGAGAUUGGCUACAAAAUGGGCGUUUAAGUAUAGAUAGUGUAAAAGUUUUUUCAGUUUAAUCAAAAUAUUUUAG